CCCUUGACUGUCUCCUUCACUGUGGGCUCGCAGGCACACACAGCCGCGUAUCACCAGAGCUGGCCGCUGUCCUCGCAGUACCUGAAACACCAGGGACCUUGCAAUGAUCUCGCUGGACUUAAAUUUCAACAUUUUGACUCGGGACCUGUCGCAUUACCUGGAGAACCAAGUGAAAGUUGGGCUGUUCGGUUCGGGAGUGGGUCUGUCUCUGGUGUUGGGCUUCAGCGCGGCGUACACCUGCUACUAUUUGAUCUCAGUAGCGAAGAAGCCACAGCUGAUCUCUGGAGGUAAGAAGUUCUACCAUUUUCUGAGGGAGCAAUGUCCAGUAGUGUCAGAGACCUACUACCCCACCUUUUGGUGUUGGGAGAGCCGCAUCCAGACUCUGCUGAGACCUUUCGUCACAGCCAAACCGGGGGUCAUCUACAGAAAUGAGCUCAUUAAAGCAGCAGAUGGAGGACAGAUCUCUUUGGAUUGGUUCGACAACGAUGACAGCCUUUCUCAUCCCGACCCUGCCACCAGGCCCACAGUCCUCCUCCUCCCCGGUCUGACCGGCACCAGCCGAGAGUCCUACAUCUUACACAUGGUCCAACAGAGCCGGGAUCUGGGCUAUAGAUGCGUGGUUUUCAACAACAGAGGAGUUUCUGGUGAAACAUUACUGACCCCAAGGACCUACUGUGCAGCCAACACAGAGGAUCUGGAGACUGUUAUUGAACACAUCCAGAGGGCCUAUGAAGCUGCUCCACUCAUGGCUGCAGGAGUGUCCAUGGGCGGGAUGAUGCUGGCAAACUACUUGGGGCGCAAGGGCCGGGAAACCUGUCUGAAAGGGGUCGUGGUCUUCUCAGCGGGCUGGGAUGUAUUUGAGUGCACCGCUUCACUGGAAAAACCCCUGGACCGUUUCCUCUUCAACUCCUACCUCACCAGCUGCCUACAAGCCUCUGUGCACAGGCACAGACCAGUGCUCGAAAAAUGUUACGACAUUGAUCAUGUCAUGAAGGCAAGGACCAUCCGAGAGUUUGACGAGAGGUUCACCUCGAUAAUGUUUGGUUAUCCUACCAAUGACGACUACUACCGCGAUGCCAGUCCUGUCCACAGGCUCAAAUCUGUGCAGGUGCCAAUGCUAUGUCUCAACGCUGCUGAUGAUGUCUUUUCUCCAUCUCACGCCAUUCCAGUGGAGGCAGUGAAACAGAACCCUAACCUGGCCAUGCUCAUUACCCAUCACGGUGGCCAUAUUGGUUUCCUGGAGGGCCUGUGGCCACGUCAGAGCACUUAUAUGGACCGAGUCUUCAAGCAGUUUGCAAAGGCGGUCAUUGAGCAAAGCAACCAACUCAAAGACCUCUCCUGAUAAGAAAAUGUAACUGAUGUUCUGGUUUUACAUUUUUAUUAUGUCUUCUUGAUACAUUCUGUCCUUUAUUUCUUCCAUUUUAAAUCCCAUUCUUGUUUUUUAUACCUUAAUCAGCCCUUUCUGCAUUACAUCUAUCUUCUCCUCUCUACCAGACCAGUUCUGCAGUUUUUCUUUCUUCCGAUGACUUCUUCUAUCCUUGCCCUCCAUAGGUCCGUUCUAUUUUUGCUGCCACAAGCAAAAAAAAAAAAAACUAAUUCUUUCUCAUUUUAAAGGGCACAUUUUAUUGAAUGCAGCAUUUGUGUUGCACUCAGCAUUAAUUUAUUGAUUCCAUGCAGUUAAAAGUCUGUAGUCCUGCAAGCAAAGCUGUUCAUGUCACAGCUGAAAUACUGAAUCUGUGCCCAUUUGUGCAUUAGCUAGCUAAAGAAUUAUGUGAUUACCUUGUGCAAUCAUCAGUACUGUACAUGAGAUUCCAAUCAUUUUUGGUAAUGAAGCAUCCUCUAUUGCUUUUAUCAUUAAGACAUCUGUAGGAUUUUAGCCCUCAGGGAUUUUUUUUUAUUUUCUUAACUUCAUUUUCCUUAACUUCUUUCCCUCCUUUGUACUUUCUCAGUUAUUCUCCUUGAGUUUGAGUUUUCCUAAGUUUACGUCCACACAAAGUUAUUUAUUUUCUUCUAAAGUAAUAGUUUCAUAUUUUUGUCUUUUGAGUUGUGAAGCUUGAAUUCACUUUCUUUUAAAUAUGAUGCUAAUAUCAUGAGAUGAAUAGCUUAAAGAUUGGAAGCAUAAAGAUUGGAAGCAGAGGAAAGCAGCGCCUCUGAAGCUCUAAAUAAAAUGCAGUGCCGUGAAAAAGUAUUUUCCCUCUUCCUGAGUUCUUAGGGGUUUUUUCAUAUUUCAUACUUCAGAUCAGCAAAAUAAAUUGUAAUAUUUAACAAAGAUAACCAGAGUAAAUACAUAAAAAUCUGUGUGAUGAUCUGAAUCAUGUAAGUAAUGUAAUUUAAUAAAUGUGCAAAAAAAUAAACAAAUCAGGAAGAGGGAAAAUACUUUUUCUCUGCAUUUUAGUGUAAUGUUACUAAGGGAUACUUCCCUCUCGUUGCCAGGAGAAGAAUUGUCAUGGGAGAGGAGUACCCACAAAUUAAACAUGAAAUUGCAAAGCUCUUAUAUUUUGGCAUAAUUUCUGUCGCUGUUAAUAAAUAAUCAGAAAUCAGUCAUAAAGAAACGUAAGUCCUCGAAUGCAGUAGUUUGAGCGCGCUGCAUAGUAAUUACACAUUUUAAAGCAAAAAAGUACAAAUUUAAUCAUUUUUAUCUUAUUUAUUUAUUUAUUUGUUGCAUAGUUGACAUUUUGCUACAUCAGAUGGUCAAAAAUAACUAUUAAAAUAUAGGUUUGCCUAAAAUCUGUCCAAUAAUAAUAAGUACUUACCUUUACCACACACAGACAGAUAAUGUAGUGCCUGGACUAAAGCUUUGUUUCUUUUACCUCUGAAGUUGUCAGAGGUAGGAGUGACGUCACUCUCGAGCUGACCGUUCCAGUAGUAGUAGUAUGUGGAAAAUAUCGUAUUUUGGGUUAUUUCCCAAUUUUAUGUAGUUUAUAAUUUUGACUUCUCAGAUACAUAACUCAUAAUUUUUGAGUUAUUAAGUAAUUUAGCUACCCCCCCCCCCCCAAAAAAAAAAAAAAUAUAAAAUUUAAAAAAAUUAAAAAAAAUUCAGCUUGUAUAGAGUUCAAAUUGGAAAGUCCUACAUCAAAGUUGGGAUUUCCAACUCUUCAGUUGGAACACAGUGUAUUUCCUAGUCUCAUGAGUGACUUUAAUGUGUUUGGUUACCCGUGUAACCCUGGUUCUCUGAGGUAUCUCGUGAUAGGAUAUGCCCUCUGACGUAACGAAAAGCUCCACUAGCACAAAGUCCUUCUACGAUCUUAAUUGCUGAUCUAUUUGGUUCAAGUCCACUGGAUGUCUUUGUCAUCAGUGCGUGCGAACAUCUGUCUGGGCAUCUACGUACCUGCCUGUUUUUUGUGACUGCACGGAGUCGUCUGUGAAGAAUUUAAAUAAGAAUGGACCAGCUACCCAUCUAUCCCAGGCAGUAGGCAUAAAGCAGACUUCAGAGAAGUGUAACAGAAAAAACUACGCAGCUAUUGGGUCUCGAACUGUAAAUCAAUAUCCAUCAGAGUAUAAUCAAUGCUUAAAGCCUAGGUUAUGCUCUGUUAGUUCAUUAUCAUGUAAACUGUCUGCAAAAAUAAUAGGCAGACAAACAGACAUCCACAGAAACCUGCUAACCAUCUGAUGACGAAGGGCUCAUUUAUAAUAGCCCUUGGCCUCAAUGUAUAAAAGCAAUGUAUAUUUGUCAGUCCGCUAGUUGAGGCUGCCAUUUUAAUUUAAAAAAAAAAAAAAAAAAAAAGGAGAAAUCUACCUAAAUCAACCUGUUUUGGAGCUUUACAGGGAUAACCAAGCUGAGCUAGUUUCCCCCUUCUUUCAUUCUUUAUGCUAAUCAAGUAACCGGCCCCUGGCUGCAGCUUCAUAUGUAGCAGACCGAGAGUGGAGGGGUGUCAGCCUCCUUAUCUAUCCCACACUGCAAAAUCGAACAAGCAUAUUUUGAAUUGUUCCUGUCUGUACGUCUCCUGCAUGCACUUUUAUUUUGACUCAUUCUUCCAUUCAUGCACCAAAUAGUUUUACAACAUGGAGGCAAAUUCAUCAAUGACGAGGAAUGUAAAAUUGCACUAUGUAAGUUGAAAAAUUCCUUAAUGCAAAGCACUUCAUUUCAUGAGAAAAAUGAAAGUGUAUCCCAAAGGUUGAACAGAGCAAAUGAGAGUAUGGCAAUUUCACAAGGUUUUCUUUCUUCAAAUGUUGAAAACGAGUCCUUAACGUAGGUCUGAGGGUGCUAGACUCAGUGGAUGUGAAUGAAAUAAUGCACACGGUGACUGUCUGAAAGUGUUAGAUGUUGCUUUACUAAAUGCAAAGCCUGGUUUCCAGUCGUUUUUUGUUUUCUUUUGCCAACAAUGAUCAAGGGGCUGGCUACCAUGUAUGAGUUAGCAUCAGUGAAACAAUCAGAUCUGACUGGAAGCCAGACUUUCAGUAAUGCACUGCGUGGAGGAUUUUUCCUGUUCCUGUGGAAUUACGAUUUUUUUGUGUUUGUUUGUCCUGCCGAGUGUCCAUUGUGCAGCAUGUGUCUUAUCAGUGUCAUCAUGUCCUGAACGUUAACACCACUUUGUAAUAUGUAGCACAAAGGACAUGUUUGUCUGUUCAUAGGAUUCAUUUCAUUUUUUUACACUGUAUAAAAAGAAGAAAAUGAAACAUUCGGUUCAACAUGUGCGGCAAUAAAGAGUUUAACUUUAAAACAAUGUCUCUAUAUAAGUACUAGUAUAUACAGAUUAUCAACAUGAGUGUAAUAUGCUGUAUUUAAUAAAUAAAUAAACAAAUUCUAAGUCA